AUGCGGAUUUUUCGGGCGUUUCCGCCGUGGAAAACGCUCAAGAGAUCAUUUGCCCCGCUUUACUGGUCAGAGCUGGCUUCUGCCCGCAUCCCGGUGCUGGCGAGCGAGACGGGAGCCGUCGCUAGCGCUCUCCUCUUUCGCCGAACGCUGUGCAACGAUACGGGGAACGGGCAAACCCGGGACAGAGCAAGGGUGUACUUGAGCAGCGGCGAAAUAGACUGGAGUCAGCCGCACCCAGUGGGUUACCCCGCAGGACUUCGGCCGGACCCUGACGCGACAGCGAAACUCCGUGCUGCGUACCGCACGAUCUUGGAGCGCGUCCAAACGUUGGCCCCCGAGUCUGCCUACCGCAGAAACAUCGAGCUUUUGACUCGGUACCGCUUGGAGGUCACUGAAGCACACUUGGACGAUCGGAAAGCGCUGGAAGACAAGAUCGGCGCGGGCCUGGUGGAGGAACUGCUCGCCACGGCGUAUGACGAGCUGGACCUCAUAGAGUGUAUGGCGCAGUGGAAGCCCUGGGAAGGCCAAGAAAGCCGAUCCAUUCCUCUGCACGUGAUUGAUUAG